UUACGAAGUUUUUUUUUCUUAUUUGCAAGAUCACCAUCCACUUAUUCAACCUCAGAACGCAAGUUUGACAUUACAGGCCACCGCUAUUUCUCGUCUUGAUAACGUUUCUCGGUCACCGUUUGCGGUUUGAUAACAUCUAUUUCUUCUGCAAAUAUUUACAAAAAAUCUCAAUAUACGGCAUGACACGUUCGUGCUCGAGAUCGCCAUCGCCACGGCGGGAAGAUAGAAGGCGAAGCAGAUCCCCGCGACAGACACACGACCAAGACAGAGAUCGAGAUAGACCCAGACGCCGGGAUCGCGGGUUUCGCUGGAAAGAGAAGCGUCACGCAGAUGAUGACAAGCGGGCGGAUGAAGCAAGGGGUUUGGAAAGGGGAUACAGAGAUACAGAGAGGGGGAAGGAAAUAGGCAGAGACAGAGACGGAGAGCGCGCCAGAUCACCUACUCGAGAUAGGAGAGGAGAUAGAUACAGAGAUUUCGAUUCGGACACGAAUAGGAGAAGGCGCGGUGAUUUCAGUGACUACAGUGAUAGCAGAGGCCGUGCUCCUGCUAGUACCGUAUCAGCGAGUGGUACAGGUGACAGGCGCGGUGAUCAGGAUAGGAAGGAAAAGAAAGCGGAGAAACGGGAAAAAGACAAGAAAGCCGCAGCUAAUGCAGCCCUGACAGAACCUAUGAUAAUUGUCAAUGUGAAUGACAGGCUGGGCACGAAAGCAGCCAUUCCGUGUCUUGCGUCAGAUCCAAUCCGACUGUUUAAGGCUCAGGUUGCCGCACGCAUCGGACGAGAACCCCACGAAAUCCUUCUCAAACGACAAGGUGAAAGGCCAUUCAAGGACCAACUUACAUUGGAGGACUACGGUGUGGGAAACGGAGUGCAGCUUGACUUGGAAGUGGACACAGGAGACAAUUAAUGAAUUCAUGAUGAUUGCAUUCUGUUCUGUGCAGCGCAAAGGUCCAUUGUAUAUUAGACUAUCCUCUCUGGACUCGUUUGGGUUGAUCUUGGGGGGAACCUUAGUACCUGGGAAAUUCGCCCGAGUAUGGUUUCGAUAACAGAAAGGCCAAGCUGAAAGCCUGAUGAUUGAUUUCCGCUGUUGUUUGGGCCAAAUAUGACUUCUGUCUUUGAUUUCGGGAGGCACGAUGUUUACCACCCCGCCCUCCGCUCCAUGUGUCAUGUUCCCAUGUAUCUACCCGGGGCCAGGAUGUCUGCGUCUGAAGAUGCCUACAUAGGUUAGGUAACUUGAUACACGAUGGAUAGAAACCAGAAAUCAGAAGCCAGAACCCUGGGAUACUCUGUUCAGGCAAAUAUGACCACGAUCUAUUUGGAACG